CGCCACUUUUCCACUGCCUCUUGGGUCCUCUGCUCCCCACAGCCUGCUCACUUUAGUCUGUCCCACCUUGGCCCUUAGCUUAUUCCCAGGGCCUUCCCUAUGGAUUCUUGGGGUCUGUCCCUCCCACCACCCCCACCAUGCCUCCUGAGGCCCUGUUCCCUCUUGUCCCCUCUGGGCAGGGCUCAUGCUCCCAGCUGCCCUGCUGGGCUGGGGGAGGGUUGGGCUGUGGGUUCCCAGCAUAGCUGGGCCUUUAAAGAUUCCCAGAAAGCCAUCUCCCGCCCUCCCCCAGCUCACACAUUGUUCCUCUCUGGCUGUUUUUUCCUGUCCAGGACCCUCCAAGGCCAGGCCAGGCCAGGGCUGACUGGCAGUGACGACUGCCCGCCCUCUGCAGCUGGGGAAACUGAGUCCUGAGGUGUAUGUGUUGGGUAGAAUUCUGUGUAUGGAGGAGGGUGCUUGCUUCCUCCCACAGCCUUCCUGGAAGCUUGGGGUCGGGGUGUUCCAACCUGCCACAUUUUUUUUCAUUUUGAAUUGGUUCUGCUUUGUUAAGUUCAUAAGUAUCAGUAUUGACUUAACAGCAACUCACUUGACAAGUUGAGAACCUGCAGACCAUCCCUUAAGUCUUGGUCAGGAAAGAAUUCUGGACAACAAACAGGCUUAGACGGUAAUUAAGUUAAAUAAAUACUUCCGGAGGUUGCUGCCCGAUGCACACUGAGGCCCAGUUAACCUUCACAGCCUCCUGAGGGGCUUCCUGUUCAGCCUCUGCUGUGGACACAGUGUCUACACCUGCCUGCUCUACCCAAGUCCCUGUCCAGAGUUGCUGGUUCCCCAUGUUUCUGUCCACACGAGCUGGAUCACCCAAGGCAUCAUCCUUGGCUUUCCUUUCCAUGGCCCUGCUACACCUGCUUCAGGACAGCUGGAGCCCUCAGCCAGCCAGUGCCUCAUACCCAUCUACACUUCUUCCUCUUCCAGGAUGCUGUCCCUGCCAGCUGUGCUAGAGCCCAGACUGCCUUUGGCCACAACUUACAUGGCCCAGCCCCCUCUGGAAGCUAGCUGAGAUUCUGGGGUCUCGUGCUAGUUGGGUCCCUGGCAGGGAUGAGGGUGAGGUCGUGUCUACACAGCCCUGUGCUUCCCCGCCCCCGUCCCCUUCCUGGAAGCCCAGCUGUUGCGUCGCCACUUGCAGGUGUCGGCUGCCCCGCCCCUCGUCCCUCCGCCCUUAAAGGGGUCGUUUCUCCCGAGGCCUCCGGGGCAUAGCGCCGCAGCGUGACCCGCACACCCGUGAGGGCUCCGUGGCCGCCGUGCGGGAGGUGGGCAUCCGGGUUCUAAUCCUGUCCUGGCGUGGGGUGACUUUUGGCCUCAGUUUUCCCCGCCUGAGAAGUGGGGACGCCCUGAUUCCUCGCUCCAAAGCAGGUGCUCAGGGGAUUUUUCCAGACCCGGGAAGGGAGCUGGGCCACACCCCGGAGGACCUGCCUCCCGGGUUUCUCGUCCGCCGUACCUCCACGAUGACGGCCCGCAUCCUCCUGCUGAUGCUCCUCGCCUCCUCCAUCCUGGGGGACACGGACUCCACGGGCAGGCGGCCCCAGCACCAAGUCCUGCAGCGGCGCGGGCGUCUCUGUUCCCUGGGCACGUGCCAAAUGCACCGCCUGCCAGAGUUGAUAUACUGGCUUCGCUCUGCCUCCACCAAGGAGGUCUCGGGGAAGGCUGGCCGCAAGCCCCAGGACCCUCACAGCUACGGGCGCCGCCGGCGGCGCGCAGCCAAAGUCCUGCUAAAUCUCCAGGAUUCCGGUUUGCAACAAGGAGGCCGGCGCAGUGCCCAGCUCUCUGGGUGAUGUUGGACAUUUCUCUGCACCUCCCCUGGCCUCGGUUUAUCCAUCUGUGUAUUGGGGCCACGACCCCAAGUUUCUUUUCCCCUAACUCCACCUCCUGAGCUCUCUCUAGGCUGCGCUGGACCCCUGGGCACAUCGGACCCACCAUGAACAAAGAAUAUUAACGUCCAGAACUGAAUAAAGCGGGAGUUACAUGUUUCA